GUCAGACUUUUCCUUUAUGUUGAUUGUUUAACGAAAUAGUAAUGAGUUAAAAUAUCAAAAUAAUAAAUAAAAAACUUACCGGCGGUGUGUGCGUAGACGAAUUCAUAGAUCGCCUGCAAGAAACAUAUCCCUCUGUAAAGGCUGCAAUUUGAACUAUUUUAUAAUCAUGGUAUACGGCAUUACGACAGCAUUGGUUAAUUUUCACACAUGAGACCAUCACAUUGAGAAGAUGCUUUAAGUUAAAGAAAACAAGAAAAUGUGUCAACUGUUAAGUUUCCACUUCCUGGCCAAAUGUCAUAUAUGAUACUGAAAUAUUUGCAUAAUGUAUACUUAUCCAUCUAUGUAUUUGAGUUGGUAAGGAAUAUUAAUCAAAAUUCGAUCAGUUAAUGAAACUACAUGCUACAUGUCUAAACAAUUUUAACUGUGAACAGUUGCUUCGGCGGAUCAACUCGAAGAAAAGAGGGGACCAUACGCCCAACCUCACAGAGGAGGCGUUGCGAGCCAAGCAGCUGAAAGGGGAUGGGGAAAAAAUAUUUGACACCAGGAAACCUAUCACCACUGCUACAGUGGUAACACAGGGGGAAUUUAGUAAUGGAAUUGGGGCGAAGAUUGAGUCUUCAACAAAUGGAGACCUAAGAAGAUUGUUUGAACAGCUAAAUAUUGACGUCAUGGCAGAAUACGGAACUGAAUUAUUCCCAGCGUUUCGACACGGUUGUGCAGCUAUACAGGGUAUUUUGACUCAAGGAAAAAGCAUUUUUGACGAACCAGUUUUUAAUGAAACUGAGAGAAAAAUGUUCAAUCAAUGGCGCAUUCAGCUUUACACAACAUCUUCAUUAAUGGACGAGAUAAAGGCAUUUAACAAAAAACUCGAGAAACUAACUCCAGAGUUCAUUUUUCAAGAGCGGAACAUUUCCUUUCCUGCAGUAGUGAUUGUGAAUGAAGGACAGCGGAACAAGAUUGAACAAUGGAUAAGUAGCCUAGAUGACAAUGGCUCUGUCAUAUGCGUCCUUUUAGUUAGCAAGGAGCAAGAUACAACAUACAUUGCCCCUAGAUUUUCCGUGUUCCAAAGCACGACAACGAUAUCAGACAUCAUGGAAGCUGCAGAUGAUCUUCUGGAACGUGCCAUAUUUGCAGUUUUAAAGAACAUUGUUGGCAAAUGCGUAGACAAAUAUGGAGAUCCUACACAUACGUUAAACAUUGAAAAAGAAAACACUAUGCAAAACAUUUAUGCAUACGCACGGUCGGCAUACAAAAGAAGUGAAGUACCAAUACCUGAAAGACUUUCUCUUCCAGAGAUAACGCAUAGCUAUCCAAAAACUAUUGACGAGAUUAUCAGCCGACUACUUAAAAUAGAAGGGGUAAUUGGUUGCUCGAAGAAUAAUGGAUACAUCGAAGUCCUUGUUGAUAACACGGCCGACAGCGAACAAACCACACGUAGAGUAAAACAACUCCUUGCUGGUGAAACUGUUGAAGCCAUAUUUAUUUAUGGUAAGUUCACAAAUUUCAUUUCCACUGGAGACAGUGUUUAUAAUGGAACACUGGGUGGUUUUGCACAGAGCAUUCCUAAAAAUUCCCCCGUCCAGUUAUAUAACAGAGUUGAAACAGAUGCGGAACAACAUUAUGGAAAACUCGUUGCACUUAUUUCUCUUCACGUAGCAAAUGCUAAUAGAGAAGACGGACAUGUUUACCUUCGUGUUGAUGACAAAAUCAUUGGAGAAAUGAAAACUAUUCAUGAGAAUACUUUAGUUGAUAUCCUUCCAAUUGAAAUAUAUGAAGAAUAUAAAAACAUGUGUAAUACCCGUUUCAAAACAGAGACAGGGAAGGAGAUGCAUGGACAAUUACUUGUCAAUGAAGAAAACAAAGAAUGGGUAGGAGCUCCAGUUCAUAUAUGGGGAGCGAAAACGUCUCUUGGUUUAGGAACAAUCUCUGCUGUCGAUUUAGAAACGUCAAACGGCCUGUUGAUAACAAUUAAUGAUCGCACAGAGGGUGAGUCGUUCUGCAAGCCUGGUGACAGCGGUGCAAUGGUGUGUGCCACUGACAGAAGGGAGCGAACAUUGUAUGCUGUCGCGAUGCUAGUAGGCAAACUUGAGAGUUUGUGUUAUGAUUCUACAAACACCACCGUUCAACAACCACGUAACAAUGUGACAUAUUGUGCGACUCUCCUUGAUAAAGUAUUCACAGUGUUAGGGGAACACUAUGAUUCAAUAUUUAUGUUAUACACUGGUGACUCUGGUCCAAAGUGAAACAAAUUUGCUCAUGUACUUUCACUGACUUUCAAAAAAGCGAAACGUAUGAUUAAUCAUGUAAAUUAAGUGUUAAUGCAUAUCCCGAGUGAAUAUGUUGAUGUAAUAAAAUGCUUUUUUUUUAAGAAAAAAACACAAAACUUUUACAAAAAUGCAGAACAAGUGCAUAGUACAUUAAAUAAUUUCCAAUACCCAUUUACAGUCAUAUACUGUGUAUAUAAUGUGUGUCAAUGAUUUCUAUAAAAACACUUGGCUUUAUUUUUAUUUUCCUUAAAUAUCGCAAGUUAAUAAUUGUAUUAACUAUUUAAUGAUUGGAGUUGUAUGCACUGUGCGAUUAGUAUUGAAUAUUGUUCCCGCAUGGCUUUUUAUGUCCCCCACCACUAUAGUGGGGGACAUAUUUUUGCGCUUUCUAUUGGUUUGUUGGUUUGUUGUUUUGUUUGUUUGCGUCAAACUUUAACAUUUGCAAUAACUUUUGUAAUAUUUAAGAUAGCAACUUCAUAUUUGGCAUGCAUAUGUAUCUCAUUGAGCUGUGCAUUUUGAGUGGUGAAAUGUCAAGGUCAUCCUUUAAGGUCAAAUGACAAAUAUAUUGCUCAAAAUCGCUUAUUUAAUAUACACUUUUGCAAUAUUGAAGAAAGCAACUUGAUAUUUUUCAUGCAUGUGUAUCUCAUGUAGCUGCACGUUUUGAGUGGUGAAAGGCCAAGGUCAUCCUUCAAUGUCAAAGGUCAAAUAUAUGGGGGGUCAUAGUGUUUCACAAACAAAUCUUGUUUAAUAAUGCAAUUUUCAAAGAAAAUGUGUUUGGGAAUUCGGGAUAGUAUUACGCACAUUCAUACUUAUUUUAAUUGUUAACAGAAAUUUCAAAACUCUUUGAAGAAUCGUCUACCAAUUCACCAUUUUGUCGGUUUGAACGACGAUUUUGCAAUAGCAAUUAUUUUAGAAAGAUUUAACCGGCAUAUGAAUUUUAAUUACUAAAUUUAUUUUACAUUACUGUUAUGUAAUAUCUGUAAUAUUGCUAA